UUACGUUCUAAAACUCUGAAUCGGGGAAAGAAUUUCCAACAAGUUAUAGUUUAUAUGAGGAACCUAAUCUAUACCAUCCUUACAAUCUAGAACUCUGAAUUGGGGAAAGUUUUUAAUUAUAUUUUUAAUUCGGAAUAGUUAUUUUCGGGAACCUAAUCAAUACCAUCUCCACAAACCCCAAAUUUUAAGUCAAUUAAAUUAUUUUUGAUAUGCGUGACAAGUCUCCUUGUAGGAACUUUAAUUAAAUUUCUUUGUUAUAUUUUAAGUUUUUAAGCUUUUUAUGAUUUAAGCAAACACACCUUUGCAUUUUUUGUAAUCUUCGAGCUCAUAAAUUUUGAAACCCACAUUGUAAAUUUUGUAUGUGUGCAUUUUUAAUUUCGGCAAGCUGUUUUCCGUUCUGUGUAGCAAUUAUUCCAUUUGCGAGACCCCUCGACCCACUCGAACCCGAACCCCCUGAAAGUUGCGUCACAACAAUGUGAACAGGUGGCUGCGACAAUUUGUGUGCUCGUGUAUUUAUUUUUAGUAGCCUGGUUCUGGCGAUCCCACUCCAUCAGCGAAAGCCAGCGGCACUUCCAACCAUUUUAUGGCCACCCACUUGGCCAGCGUCCUUCAACCGCGCUGGUGACCCCCCACUGGUGACUGCUGACUGCUGAGUGGUGACCCCACACAGCCCCCUUUCUCCGCUUCCCCCGCUCUUUCCUCCGCUCGGAACACUCUACUGUGAGCGCUCGUGUUUGACAUUGUCGCCGUUAGCUAAUCUUUUUAGCGUAUGUUGGCAUUUUCCAUGUUUGCGCUUGCCUUCUUGUCGAUGUCGUUGCUUGUUGCUCUUGAGUGAAGGAAAAGGCAUGGGAAAGUGGAGGAAAAGCUGAGGCAGAGCGGCGCAAAGCUGAGGAAGAAGCGAAUGCAAACAAGCGGCAUUGACUGCCACUGGCAGUGGGUGGUUGGGUCGUUGGGUAGUUGGGUUGCAGGGUGGCUCGGGUGGCCCGGGAGGUCGUCAUAUCGAUUGGGGAACUCGGAACGUAACAGGUCAGCCGCAGUGGAGAAGGGAUAUAUUGCGUCAGCUCCGACUUCACUCCCAUAAAAUUCCAAAAUGUGCAUUUAUGGUUACUGCUGCUGCCUUUAUGAUUCCUUUUCUUGGUCCUUCUGUGGAAUAUCAGUGGCGGAUCCAGAGACGAUUCUUGGGGGGGGAAAUUGAACUUAUUCUUCGAUUUGGGGUUCAAACUUAUUGUUGCGAGAGAAAUACAGUACAAAUUAUAAAACAAAAAUUAUCCAUCCCAAUUUUUUAGUAUACAAAGUGGUUAUAUUUGAAAAGUCAACCAUAGCAAACAAGUAAAAUUUUCAGGUUCUCUGGUUCCAAGGGGGGAAAUUUCCCUAAUUUCCCCCCCCGUGGAUCCGCCACUGGGAAUAUGACUGGCAUUUGGCACACGCACUCCGAGUACAUAUGUCAGGAUAUCAGGACGAGCUUAAAGGGGGCAAAAACAAGUCUCAGUUUUAAUAAAGACAGUUCAGAGAAGACAUGGGUUUAAGGUUACACACACUGAGGUCCACAGGUGGAAGCUUAAAAAAGAGGCAACGAAGGUAGAAAUAAGGAACAGGCAGUAAUUAAAUCCAAGUGUGUUUGCUUUAUAAACUGCAAUUAAAGCAUUGUUUUAAUCAUUUAAGCUUCGUUUUUAGUUUAUUCGUUUCCUAUAGUUUCUACUAACAAACCCUAUUUUAAGUUGUUUAAUGCGAAUAAUUUUAAGAAGCAAAUUAUAAUUGUAUAGUAGUUGUAUUGUUUUUACUUAUCAAGCUUAUUUACUUGUUUAAUUAUACUUCGCUUUGCCGUUAACCGUUUUCGUUUACCGUUAUUAUUUGUUCUGAGUAAAAAUGGGUUAAAGUGGUUCUCAAUCAAACAAUAAAUCCAGCAAGUCAGAAUGACAAUUGAUUCGCUUUUAUGUUGUUUUAUUUAUUUAUGCCCAGUGCAAAAGGUUAUUUUGGUGAUUUUGGGGCUCUUUUACCUUUUUCCUACCCUGUCCGGCCAAAUGUAUUGAAUUUAGCUUACAUUCAUCGAACCCUCUUGAUCCAAUUUGCAUCUGAGCUGGUUCCAGUGCUCCGAAGUGUCAAAAGUUCACAAGUGAUUAGCCAACCCUGGUCGAAAGCGUGACAAUCAACAAGUCUUUUUUGACGUCUAUUGAGUUUGAUUAAGCUUAUAGGCGCUUUAUUCCCUAUUUUCGUCAGCUGUUGAAGCGGGAAUGGAGUUUCAGGACGAACCCUUGGAUUUAUCGCUGCGCCGUCCAGUGGGCAGAGCUCCGGCGGAGGAUGGCAAGGUGAUCUUCUACGCCCCGCCUGCCAGCGCCAGCGGAUCGCCGCGCCAGCCGGAGCCAAUGGCCCUGAAGAGGGAGCGGGACAGGGAGCGCCAAAGCGCGUGCGAGAGCGAGCGGGAAAGAGAGAGGGAGAAGGAGAGCGAGCGGCAGCGCGCGAGGGAGCAACAGGUGGCGGCGGCCUCGAUUUACCGCGGCAGGAGCGUCGAGGAGACGGAGGCGGCCCACGACCUGCUCUCGCUGUCGCAGAGCCUGCCGCCGCUGAUCCCGCCCUGCGUGGUGACCAUCAUGAAGCAGGAGCAGGAGCAGCUCCGCUCGCCGGAGAUCCAGGAGAUAUCGAACAGCGCUUCCAGCCGAUCGCCGCAGUCGACCAUCCGGUUCAUCGGGAGCAGCUCCUACGACCUGAUGGGCGGCUCCUCCGAGGGGGCCAGCGCCUGCUCGCCGCUGACGCCGCCGAACUCGGACCACAGCUCCGACGUGGACGUCGACAUGUCUUCCUCCUCCGAGUCGGGCCUGCAGCAGUGGGGCAAGGCCCACGUGGGGCAGGGCCAGCCGCGCUCCUCGGCGCUCAAGAUGUGCCUCAACAUGCUGGACGGGCGGACCAAGGCGAGCAAGGCGGCGGCCGUGCAAGGCAAGCCGGAAAGGGCCGAGCCGGUGCAGCCGCGGCCCAAGAGCGCCCAGAGCAACGCCUCCUCGUCGGGCGGACACAGCAACAGCAACAGCGCCUCGGAGCCGCCGGAGAGCAGCGGUCCGAGCACGGGACACGGCUCCUCCGGACACGGCAACGGGGAGAACUACGCCAAGCGGAAGCGGGGCUGCUACAAGUGCUGCGAGUGCGGCAAGCAGUACGCCACCUCCUCGAACCUCUCGCGCCACAAGCAGACCCAUCGCUCGCUGGACUCGCAGUCGGCCAAGAAGUGCAACACCUGCGGCAAGGCGUACGUCUCCAUGCCCGCGCUGGCGAUGCACCUGCUCACGCACAAGCUAUCGCACAGCUGCGACAUCUGCGGCAAGCUCUUCUCGCGGCCCUGGCUGCUGCAGGGCCACCUGCGCUCCCACACCGGCGAGAAGCCCUACGCCUGCGUCCACUGCGGCAAGGCGUUCGCGGACCGCUCCAACCUGCGCGCCCACAUGCAGACCCACUCGGGCGACAAGAACUUCAAGUGCCACCGCUGCAACAAGACGUUCGCCCUGAAGUCGUACCUCAACAAGCACCUGGAGUCCGCCUGCCUGCGCGACACCGGCGCCAUCGACCAGGGCGGCAAGGGGGGGCUGCUGGGGGAGGAGGAGGACGAGGACGAGGAGUGCAGCAAGCAGGACGAGCUGGAGGCCGACGAGCUGGACAGCGACGAGAACAGCCAGGACAUUGUGGUGGCCUAGGUGGAACGGCGAAGGAGGAGGAGCAACUGGCAAGCGGACCGAACGACGACCGACAACUCUCCUGCCCGAAACUAAGAUACUUUAUACCAGAACCCUAUAAGCAA